AUGUCUACUGAUACAAUGUAUAUGAACAGCUCAAGGCGGCUGCCCGCUGCUGGAAGGAACAAAACCAGCCAGCUUCAGAAACCUGAAAAAAAGACGACCAGAAAUCACCGCAAAAACAAGACCCGUCAAGAGGGCAAUCCAUCAGACGACACUGUGCCGUUGCCACAACCUCAGGCACUUCCUAACGGCGAGAAACCAAACUUUGGUGGUUUCAACAAGAAAGACCGGAAAACAAACUCAAAUCGGCCGGAAAACUCGACCACGAAUUUUAAUGGCACUGGUCCAGCCAGGACAUCAGCGAGGGUAUCGCAAAACUCUGGGAGCGGCUCGGAUGUCACAUCCACUCCGGCUGGCCGUAAAACAGCAGAGCUACUGGCCAAAAACUUGAGAGACGUCGUCCUCGUCGAAAACGAGAAAGGUGGCAUCACCAGCGUCCCAUGUCUGGAUAAUCGCACUCAGCGCCAGAUGACACCUCAAUCGCUGCCUAGCGCGUCGCCAAAUCAAUCACCUUCACCACUGUCUGCGAAAGAGUACGCCCCAGUGGCUCUAUCUCCGCUGCCCAAUCAACCUGGACUAUAUCAACAGCAACUCCAACAGCAGCAACUCCAACAACUGCGUCAGAAUCAACACUUUCAAUACUAUCAAAACCAGCACUUACAACAACCGCUUUUGAAUCAGCACCUACAUGCGCAGCAGAAUCGUUUUGCCCCAAUAAUUCCGCUAGGAAUGCAACAGCCAGGACCAAACUACGCGCUUUCCUCUGGCGCAACACCUUACUAUAACGCGAUGCAUGUUCCUUUUAUGAACUCGAAUACCCCGCAAACUCCUGGAUUUUACGGAGUUCCACCCCCAGCGCCUCCACCAAUGAAUCUCAUGCCAGGACAUUUCCCACAAGCCCAACCGGUGUGCAGCCCUGGUCUUGCUCCACUAGGCAACGUUUCUAUAAUGUCUUCGGGUUCCACCGGGAGUGAGAUUUCAGGUCCUGUGACCUCGCUGUCUGAGGAGCCCAGAGUCUCGAGCUCGAGCUCGGCUUCUAUUCCAAACGCCAGCGAUAAUCUAAACCAAAACUCUGACAAAAAACCAUCCAAAAAGUCUCGAGCUGGCGCAAAACUUGCUCGUGGUGGCUAUGCUGGUGCUUCCUUCGCCACUAGUGUUCCGGCGGUAACGAAUCUGCCAAAACCAAGUUUUACAUGA